UUCGUUUUGAAUUGCCAACAGCGCCAAAGUUCUGCCCCUCUUAAAAUGACCACCGAAGAACCACAAUGGCGAAAAGUCCAUUCGGUUACAGGUGUGAUACCUCGAUCUAGACACGGACACCGAGCGGUAGCCAUCCGGGAGCUGAUUGUGGUGUUUGGAGGUGGAAACGAAGGGAUUGCAGAGGACCUCCAUGUUUACAACACUGUCUCAAGACAGUGGUUUUUGCCUGCUGUGAGAGGCGACAUCCCUCCUGGCUGCGCCGCCCACGGCUUAGUUUGUGAUGGUACUCGGAUACUAGUCUUUGGUGGCAUGGUGGAGUAUGGCAAAUACUCUAAUAACCUCUAUGAACUUCAGGCUAGUCGCUGGCUUUGGAAGAAGCUGAAGCCCAGGGCGCCGAGGAACGGCUUACCUCCGUGCCCCCGCAUCGGGCACAGUUUUACCCUUGUGGGUAACAGGUGCUACGUGUUUGGAGGGCUGGCCAAUAUCAGCGAGGACCCCAAUGGCAAUGUCCCACGAUACUUGGACGACAUCUACGAGUUGGAGCUGCAGUCCGUAUCGGGGGCGAGGAGCUGGACCAUCCCGGAGACGAGAGGCGGCGGUCCAGCGGCGCGGGAGUCGCACACCGCUGUCGCCUACACUGGUCUCGGCUCGCCAAAACUCUUCAUCUUUGGAGGAAUGCAAGGCUGCCGAUUAAAUGACCUGUGGCAACUUGAUCUCAACACGAUGGCUUGGUCGUCACCUGAAACCAGGGGUUCCACACCACUACCCAGAAGCCUUCACUCUGCCAGUGUGAUUGGAAACAAGAUGUUUGUUUUCGGUGGCUGGAUUCCCAUUCCGGAGUCAGAGAAGCACAAUGCUGCAGGGAUUAAAUGGAUUUGUACCAACUCCUUAAGUGUGCUAAAUUUGGACACUCUGAGCUGGCAGGACCUAGGCCCGGAGUAUGAAGACGUCAGUGCUCAACUGCAGAGCCGCAACAUCCAAAGUGACGAUCAUAACAGCGGCCGGCCCAAAGCGAGAGCUGGCCACUGCGCCACCGCCGUCGGAUCUAGGCUUUACAUUUGGAGCGGGCGAGACGGUUACCAUACUAACUUCUACCAAGUAUGCUGCAAAGACCUCUGGUUCCUGGAGACAGACCGACCGUCGGCAACGGAGGCAGUGGUGCUCAUCAAAUCCACUGUCAGCAUGCUCCACGUGGCGUGGCGCCCUCUGUAUGGAGCCGACUACUACGUCGUCCAGAUUCAACCGGUGGAGAGCCAACCUCAGGCCAAAGACGUUGCUCCUACGUCUACAGAAGCAGAAGGAAAAAACAAAGACUGCCAGUCUUUCGACCGUGGAAGUGAAUGCAACAUUGAGGGAACAGAGAAAACGUCAACACAGCAUGACAGUCAAAUGAAAACAUCCAACGGCCCUAAAGAAGGAAAAUCGGAUUCAUCAGGAUCAGCUCAGCAUCAACGCGCUGACAAGACAAAGACAGCUGAGAGCCCAGAGGGAACUGUGUGGUUUGAUGUUGGUGCAUUCAGAACCCUUUUUUCUGAGGUCCACUACUACUAUUUGCCCGCUGACGACAACCAAACGAUGGCAACCCUCAGCAGCCGGGCUUCUGUUACCAAAGAGUCUUUGCAGUCGUAUCGGAAGCUUCCCGGUCUUCACGACUACCAAGACAGAGAGAAGAGGCAGCUGGAUCCUGGGCGCAGUUACCGCUUCAGGGUGGCGGGUGUCAACUGCUUCGGUCAAGGAGACUUUAGCCAGGUCAGCGAGUUCAAGACGUGCCAACCGGGAUUUCCCGGAGCACCUUCGGCGGUCAAGAUAAACAAGGCUAACGAUUUAGUCCACAUUACAUGGGAAGCGCCUCCAUCGCCAUCGGGCCGGAUUCUGGAAUAUUCCAUGUACAUGGCGGUGAAGAAAAGCCGCUCGUCCAGCUCGGAAGGUCCAGGCCAGUUAGCGUUUAUCCGAAUCUACCGCGGCGUCAAGACCUUCUGCACGGUUAGCUCCGCCCACAUGGUCAACGCGCAUUUGGACUGCUCCGCCUCCAACCGACCGGCGCUGGUCUUCCGCAUAGCUGCGAAAAACGAGCAGGGCUAUGGCCCGGCGACGCAGAUCCGCUGGAUUCAAGAUGCUUUUAAACUUCGAGCUGGGUCCAAGGCGGACAGGGAUGUCGAGGAUGACAUUGACGCUGCUGACAGCUCCAGUUGAAACCGACCAACUAAUAAGACUGCACUCUGGCAAUCAAUCAAUACACACCAGUGCAUUUUGUGUACAAUAUUUAAUGUUUAACUUUUGAUAAUUUAUGUAUUUAAAGAUAUUGUUCCUAUAUUUUUUUAAAGAAGAAUUAACUGUGUUUAGUGAAUUGUGUAAUAUAAUUAUAGAUGACAUUCUCUCGGCAUACCUGUGAUGUGUUUUGGUUGUUUUUCUGGAAUCGAGAACUACUGGGGCUUUUUUACGGCGAUGAUUGUGUUUCAAUUUGUAUUGUUUUAAUAAUGUUAAUGUGCUUACUAUGGUUUUUUUGUGAUUUUUGGACUGUAAAUUGCUGUCAUGACAUCAGUCUGUGUUUUCCAAUAAAUCUCCUCGCGAUA